UCCUGUGUACAGGCUUAAUACUGUAUACACUCACUGAUAUUGCCUGUGUGCAUUACUGCCACAGUGCAGGUAAAUAGCAACUCGGUCAUCAUAUAGCAGGAGAUUCAUAGUCAUGGGACAAAGGGAUCAUGUCAAUGCCAAAUCUACUGAAGGAUCAAAAUCCAAACGAAAGAAAAAACCAAGAAAUAAACAAAGGAAAAAACUUAAAGCUAAAAGAAGAAAACGCCGCAUGUCCAAUUACAGGUGUUGUGAACAAAACUCUGUUUUGCCAAGAAACGACAAAGAGAAAAAUCAAUGGAGCAAAAAGAAAGAUAUCGGUCGGAAGCAUAUAGCCGAUCGGAAAUUUGACAAAAUGAUGGCGAACGAAAAUGGACAGAAUCUUAGAGAUAUUCGCUUUACAAUUAUCAAGAAGUUUGACGAAUUUUUAACUCCAGAGAGGGACAUCAUUUGGAAACAAUUCCUUAACCUAAUGGAAGGGAUUAUACAUAUCCCACGCAAGCUGUUGAUAAAAGCUAAUAACAUCACGGACAUAAUUCAUAUAUUAAGGAAGGGAAAAAUUAGUUAUACUUUUUUUCAAGCAAUUUCCUGUCUAAUGCAAAUCUUAAGAAAAAUAGAUUCCAAUGUUGCGAGGGACAUUGACCACAUCAUUCAAGGCGUUGCUACAAUAGAAGACAGGACGAGCAAUAAAGGUAUAACAAGGAAUUCUGCUCUCGAUGAAACAAAUGACCAGGUGAAACAGUCACAAGACGAGCACGCUCCAUCAAAUACAACUGAUCAAAAAAUUAAAAAAUCAGAUAUGUUUGAGACUGCAGCGCUCGAGGGUCGUACAAAAGAACCGUCAGAUGUGUUGUCUUCGGAAAUUACUGAUAUGACAUCUUCAAUAGUUCAGCCAUUGGAAAGAAAUGCAACGAAAAUAAAAGAAAGAGGGUACAUUUUUCGAAUAUCAAGUUAUGGUCACUGGCAGAUUGACAACGUUCGGACAGGUCGGUUGGUUGAUGGUGGAUUUUCCUGUAUGGGAACUGACUCAAAUACAGUGGAAUGUAACAUCUGUGAGUUAGUUGUAAACGUCUGUGAUCUAAACGAUACGACUCCGCUUGAUUACCACAUGAGAGAAUCGCCAAACUGCAGUUUUGUUCGACAAGAAAAUUCUUACGGGAAAGGAGGCCAAGAUAUUGGUUCUUUUGAUAUCGAUGAUCAGUCAUGUUCCGGAAAUCAACAAAAGUACGAUAAUAAGUCUGAGCAUUUGUUAACUAUUCGAUGUACACAAAAACAAAACCUUAUUUCAGAGGUUGAAGUAUGCACAAUUAUAAACCUACAGUACACAGAGGAGAACAUUCGAAUAGGAACCUAUGAGAGCUUGCGACUAGCUCCACAUAAUAUUGCUAACAUGGCGAAAGCUGGCUUCUUUUACACAGGACAUGCUGAUAUUUUGAAAUGUUUUCAUUGUGACAUUGGUCUUGCGGAGUGGAAUCCAGAUGAUAACCUAUGGUUAGAGCAUGCACGUCAUAGUCCAGAGUGUCCCUAUCUCAGGGAACAAAAAGGUCAAGAAUACAUUAACAGUGUUCAAAUUCAGUGGGACCAGAUAUACAAACCGAAACAUCAAGAAUAUUCUACAAAUGAUUCGAGAAGAAGAACUUUUGAAAAUGCCAAGUGGACAAAGGACGAAGUGCUACAGUCACCAGAGCAUCUUUCAGCUGCGGGAUUUUUUUCCACGGGGUCGUUUGAUACUGUCCGUUGCUUUUAUUGUGAUGGCGAAUUAAGUCAGUGGGAACCUGAUGAGGAACCUUGGGCCGAACACGCAAGAUGGUUCCCACAUUGCCGGUACUUGCUAAAGAUGAAAGGAUCUAUCUUCAUUAAGAAUUCUACCAUUGAAAAUAUCUCGUGCGGUAUACAAUCAACUGGCGCAUCAGCGGUGACAAUGGCAAACAUUAGUCCUGUGCCAUGCGAACCUGUGGAUGAUGUAUAUAGAAUCAUGGAACGCCAAAAUCCGAUCUAUUCGCCAGCGGCAUUGUCUGUGCUGUCAAUGGGGUAUACUAUGCAAACGACAAAGCUGGCAAUUGAUACGCUUCGUAGUCGAACAAGUAAACAAGACUUUACGGCUGUGGAGCUGUUGACGAUAGUGAUGGAAAUGGAAGAGAAAGGUCAACAAUCUUCCACGAGUGAUGGCGUUGAACGAGAUAAUCAGAGAGGACCUAUCGCCAGCGGGUUACCUAAAGCUGGUUUCACAAUAGAAAUACAUGACGACGAUGAUGGAAUUGAAAUGACACUUGCAGUCAUCAGAAAAGAAACAGAAAUCUUCAAGAAGAUGUUUAAGUGUCAAAUGGAGCGAAGCAUUGUGUAUGUUUCCUGUGGAUACAUCGACAACGAUCAACAAUGCGAAAAGGUUAUAGCGACAGCAAACACUUCUCGAGACAGUAAUGAGAUCAACUAUACUAUUCCUUGUGUACACGAUGAUGGAAAGUAAUGUGACGAGAAAGCGACAAGAGUAUUGAGGAUAUCUACUCGAUACAUAUUAUCAACCCGAAGAAAAUGAUUCAGCGACAGCAAUUUUAGAUAGACAGCUAUUUUGUGCACUUAAUUAUUUGUUCAUUUUUGAAGCACUGAGACGGUUAUUGUGCACCAGUCUGUAUAUCGUUUUUACAAGAGUUUUAGGAGGAAUUUGUUACGGUGUGACAUGUAUUUUGUUUUGUUUUUGGUUGUGUUUGUUUGACACAGAGACAUGAGUUAACGAAGAAUAUGGAUGUGUUUUUCCAUUGUUACCAACCUGAGUUUACGAGGUAGUGUACGGUGUGAAAUGUAUUAGGUUUUGAAAAAUAUCUUUGAUGUGACGUGAGUUUACAAGCUUAAUAAAAAUAUAAAGCCUUG